UAUAACACCAGCCUUGGCAAAUACCGAGCGAGUGUGGAGUCCUGCAGGAUGCGCGAGGAAUAGCGGAAGGAGCCAUAGACCGACGAUCGAUUGGUACGGCGGCGCGAGGCGACGCCGUCGCCGUUCGCAACCCUCCAGCAUCACCCGAGAGUGGGUACCAGUUCGCAGGUCUGGAAUAUGGUGCUGAAUGCCACUGUGGGAACCGGAUCAGCAGCCCGCGGGCUCCAGAGGAGGACUGCAGUCUGAUGUGUCGCGGUGAGCGGGGGUCGCCCUGUGGAGGUGUAGGGCGCCUCUCCAUAUACAAGGUCGAAGAGCAGCUUCCGGGUCACAGGAAAUUCAGAAAUGUUCACUACAGCGGCUGCUAUAAGAUGCCAAAGGCCACAGUCGGCACUUUCCCCAUCUACUCCGUUCAAACCAACCUCACCGUACAGUCCUGCAUCGAGACCUGCACAGAUAAGGAGCUCCCGCUGGCUGUGCUGAGGAAGCCCCACUGUUUCUGUACAUGGACAUCCUCUCUUUUCAGCCUGAGCCAACAACCCCGGGACCUGCCGUGUGUGGGGAACAGAGACCGGAACCUCACCGGUACUGCCGUAUCCACAGAACCAACCGACGAUGGCUACUAUCAGGUGUAUCAUACACCUGUCCUGGACUCCAGAUGCAAAGAGAGGAUGUUUUUGCCCCAGAGGUCCGACCCUCUGGUGGCUCUCUCCAGUUUUCCUGGUGCAGGAAACACCUGGGUACGCCACCUCAUCGAACUCGUGACGGGCUGCUACACUGGCAGCUUCUACUUUGAUGGGACGCUGUACAACAGAGGUGGGAAAGGCAGGACACAGUGUUCAACCCGUGUUUCAGUGGCUGUUGUGCGAUGUAUUGGCUUACUAAUGACCCUUAUCCAUCCAUCCACGCAUCCGUCCGUCCGUCCGUCCAUCCAUCCAUCCACCCAUCCAUCCAUUCUGGAUGCAUCCAAAGGCUUCAAAGGAGAGAAGGACUACUGGAAAAGUGGACGCAGCAUCUGUGUGAAGACACAUGAGAGCGGCCAGAAAGAGAUCGAGAUGUUUGACGCCGCCAUCUUGCUUAUCCGGAACCCUUACCGGUCCCUCAUGGCUGAAUUUAACCGCAAGUGUGCUGGACACUUGGGCCACGCCACGGAUGCACAGUGGAAGAGCAAAGCUACUCUCCUCGUUGCAGAAUGGCCGGAUUUCGUUGCCAGCUACGCCCCCUGGUGGGCAUCCCACGCUUUGAGCUGGCUGAAGUUUGGGCGUCGUCUGCUGGUGGUGCACUACGAGGAGCUGCAGAAAGCUCUCUUUCCCCAACUCCGCCGCAUCACCUCCUUCCUGAAUGUAACCGUGACCGAGGAGAGGCUGCUGUGUGCUCAGACCAACCAGGACGGACAUUUCAAGCGCUUGGGGUCCCAGCGGCCCUCCUUCCACCCCUUCACUCCCGAUAUGAGGAGGAUGAUCGACUCCUUCAUUCACACUGUGGACCAGGCGUUGAAGGGCAGGAAUAUCAGUGGACUUCCACAAGAGUAUCUACCCAGAUGAUAUUAUCAGAAGGUUAUCGUCCAAAGCCCUGAGGAGGGAAUGGGCCGAGAGGCUUGGGAAGGCUUGGAGGGUUGGGAAGGAGAAGACGGCCCACCACCGACUGUUCUGUACAAUGAAGCGUAGACGGGCUGUUCAGCACAUUAUCUCUCAGUGCAGAGCACACUGCCAGCAUGUCAGCAGAGUUUGUUGGUGACUGGUCUUACAAGCUGCUGUUACGAGGACAGUCUCAUAUCUGCCAAACCCACUGUGAAUGGCUUGAAGUCGCGGAAGUACAAAUGGGAACAAUUGGCUUUUGAACGAUGUGGGCAGCUAUCGAAGAUCCCAAUUAAAGUUGUGGCGGAAGCAGAAGAAAGCUCACGCUGUACUAGAAGAGGACUGGACAUGUCUUUGUCUCGUGGAGAGGCAGAAUCUAGCCAAGUGCCUGACUGCACUGAGUCUGUAUUAGUUUGAGGUGACCCAUUUAUGCUGAGCUGAUCACUUUUGUGAGAGUCUAAUUCUAUUUUUGGUAAACCGUUUACUUUGUUGUGCACACCCCUGUCGCUCAAACAUUAACGCCGGCCCAUGACACCGCGUCACUUUCGCAACUAGGGGUCAACAUUUAGAAAUACUGCGUAUACAAAGGAGUAACUGCAACAACGUGAACCAGAUCCUAUUGUAGUGUGUGCAAUAUCGCAUCUCCAGCAAGCAUUCCCUGCUUUGCAUAACGGCAAGGGCAAAAAUGCCUCUAUGUCGGGGCUAAUUUGAGCCCCCGUAUCAGCGGUCGACUGUGUGUAAUUGGAGAAAUAUGUGAUAAACAAAUUCUACAGGAAUUUCAGCUCUGCUUUAAACUGAAUUCCAUCAAACGACCUCAUCUGUUGUGCAAUUUGUGUUUUGGAAAUUGACUUUUGUUUGGUCGCAGACCGAGUUGGAAUUGAGGUUAUUUGGGCUCAGUUCUUACACAGUAGCAUCAAUUCAGACGGUUUCUAAGCCCACGGAGCCAAUGUCACGUAUUAGCGCUGUUUCCGACUGUUGUCUUUCGCUGUUACACAUAUUCUAGCUUCAGAUAACUCUAACUAACCCUAACCCUGUAAUGAUGAUGAUGAUAAUUAUUAUUAUUAUUAUUAUAAAUAAGUCAGCUACUGCUUGUGAGAAUAUUGAUGCAAUA